UCCUAGGAGGAGAAGUCAAGACAGACUUUCCAGGGAAGGCCAUGCGGAUAUAGAAAAUCUGCAGAGCAGGAGUUCCCAAGCAAGAAUCUUCCAGAAGGAACAAGACAUGUGACGGUGGAGGCCUGCAAGCAAGUCCCUUUUACGGACAUAAAAACAGUUCACAACAGGUGGACAGUCAAGGUAGCAGCGAAGGAGAGAAGAGACCCCCUUGCCAUGAACCAGCCCACCCCUGGGGCUUCUGCCCCGCCCCGCCGUGUGCGGCUUAAGCCCUGGCUGGUAGCCCAGGUGAACAGCGGCCAGUACCCAGGACUUCAGUGGGUCAAUGGGGAAAAGAAAUUCUUCUACAUCCCCUGGAGGCAUGCUACCAGGCAUGGGCCCAGCCAAGAUGGAGACAACACUAUCUUCAAGGUAAGCCCAAGACAGGGAACUGGCUGGACNGAAGGCGUGGACGAGGCAGAUCCAGCCAAAUGGAAGGCCAACCUGCGCUGUGCCCUUAACAAGAGCCGUGACUUCUGCCUCUUCUAUGAUGGCCCCCGGGAUAUGCCACCCCAGCCCUACAAGAUCUACGAGGUCUGCUCCAAUGGCUCUGCUCCCACAGAGUCCCACCCUGUUGGAGGAGCAGGAGAGGAGGAGGAGGAGGAGGAGGAAGAGCUCCAGAGGAUGUUACCAGGCCUGACCAUCACAGAAGCAGUGCCACCUGGCCGCCCCAUGGUCCCCUUUUCUUUACCUAAAGAAGAGGUCAAGUGGCCACCCACCCUGCAGCCACCUGGGGUGCUGGGGCCCGGUGCUCCAGACCCCAACCUCCUGGCCCCACCCCCUGUUGCUCCCACUGGCUUCGGGGACAUUGCCUCUGAGGUCCUGCCAAGCCUGGAGCCUGGGCCCUUAGGUGCCAGCCUGCCCCCUGCAGGACAGCUCCUGCCCGACCUGCUGAUCAGCCCCCACAUGCUGCCACUGACGGACCUGGAGAUCAAGUUCCAGUAUCGGGGACGGCCACCCCAGGCGCUCACCAUCAGCAACCCAAAUGGCUGCCGACUCUUCUACAGCCAGCUGGAGGCCACCCAGGAGCAGGUGGAACUUUUUGGCCCUGUGAGCCUGGAGCAAGUGCGCUUCCCCAGUCCUGAGGACAUCCCCAGCGACAAGCAGCGCUUCUACACGAACCAGCUGCUGGACGUCUUGGACCGUGGGCUCAUCCUCCAGCUGCAGGGCCAGGACCUAUAUGCUAUCCGCCUGUGCCAGUGCAAGGUGUUCUGGAGUGGGCCCUGCGCUUCAGCCAAUGGCUCGUGCCCCAACCCCAUCCAGCGGGAGGUCAAGACCAAGCUCUUCAGCCUGGAGCAUUUUCUCAAUGAGCUCAUCUUGUUCCAGAAGGGCCAGACCAACACCCCACCACCCUUCGAGAUCUUCUUCUGCUUUGGGGAGGAGUGGCCUGACCCCAAACCUCGAGAGAAGAAGCUCAUUACUGUACAGGUGGUGCCUGUAGCAGCUCGGUUGCUGCUGGAGAUGUUCUCAGGGGAGCUCUCUUGGUCGGCUGAUAGUAUCCGGCUACAGAUCUCAAACCCAGACCUCAAAGAUCGCAUGGUGGAGCAGUUCAAGGAGCUCCAUCACAUCUGGCAUACCCAGCAGCGGUUGCAGCCUAUGGCCCAGGCCCCUCCUGUGGCAGGCCUUGGGGCAGGCCAGGGGCCCUGGCCUAUGCACCCCGUCAGCAUGCAAUAACGUCUGCAGGUGGUGACUGGCCCAGUGUCCUGGGUGGACGAAGCUGCAGGGUCCUACUUCAGGAUUUUCUGGAAGUAGACUUGGGCUGAGGAGAGGAAAGAAAAGCCCAAGACCCACGUUCUCCCUCAAAUCAAAGCUUGGAGGACUCUGCCUGCCAGGGCCUGACUCUCCCUUGUGAUCGCUAUGGUCUGGUGUGACCAGCUCUGGAGAAAGCAGCCCUAGGGAACAGGGAACCCCGGGGCCUACUUCUACAGGAGAAACUACCCCUGUACAGAGGUACUCUUGUGGUUGCCUCAUUUCAUUUGGCAAAAAGAGCCAAGGAGUGUUGUGGGAUAGGUCUUCCCAGCAGGGCCUCUCAGGGCAUGACCUUGGUCUGAGCCUGGCUUCCUCAUCUUCCUCCCUCCUGAGAUUGAUAUGAACAUGUAGGUAUCACAUCAGAUACUUAAGGCUGGCAGCUGCCCCACAUUUUGAGAGUCUAAGAACCUGGGAUAGAAAGAAUUUUAUGUAUUUUUUGAUUAAUAAAUGAUUUUAAAAAACA